AUGGCCACAGAUCGUUUGAGCUCUAUUCUGAGCCACCUCAAGCCGUCAGGGGGCAACGGACUCUCGACUAUCACCCAGAAGAACCCCGACGAUGUUGUCAUUACUCUUGCCCUGCGCACUCCCCUUGCCAAGGCCGUCAAGGGUGGCUUCAAGGACACGGAACUCGAUUUCCUCGUCUACUCGCUGUUGAAGGAGGUGCUGUCCAAAUCGAAGGUGGACCCUGCAUUGAUUGAGGAUGUCUGCCUGGGUAACGUCAAUGACGGCAAAGCCGCAUACCUCGUCCGCGCCGCCUCCCUGGCCGCCGGGAUCCCGCACACCGCCGGCGGCUCGUCGGUCAACCGGUUCUGCUCGUCGGGUCUGAAAGCCGUGCAGGACAUCGCCAACCAGAUCUCCCUGGGUGCCAUCGAUGUCGGCGUGGCGGUCGGUGCGGAGCUGAUGUCCGCGCCGGGCGAGCGCAUCACCAAGCCGUUCAACGAGGAGGUGCUUCGCAACCAGGAGGCCGCCGACUGCAUGCAGCCGAUGGGCCAGACGUCUGAGAACGUCGGCGCCGACUUCAACAUCCCGCGAGCCGUGCAGGACAAGUAUGCGGCCGAGUCGUAUCGGCGGGCCGAGGAGGCCCAGAAGGCCGGCUGGUUCGAUGACGAGAUCGUGCCCAUCACCACCAAGGUGAAGGAUCCCAAGACCGGCGAGGUCAAGGAGAUCGUGGUGUCCAAGGACGAGGGCAUCCGGUAUGGCACGACGGCCGAAUCGCUGGGCAAGAUCCGUCCUGCGUUCCCCCAGUUCGGAGAUAAGAGUACCGGUGGAAACUCGAGUCAGGUUACCGAUGGUGCCGCCGCCGUCCUCCUCAUGCGCCGCUCGAAGGCCAUCGAACUGAACCAGCCCAUCCUGGCCAAGUUCUGCGGCGCCACGGUCGCCGGUGUCCCGCCCCGUAUCAUGGGCAUCGGGCCCACCGCCGCCAUCCCCAAGCUGCUGACCAAGUUCAACCUCACCAAGGAGGACAUCGACAUCUUCGAGAUCAACGAGGCGUUUGCCUCCAUGGCCGUCUACUGCCUGGACAACCUGGGUCUGGAGCACGCCAAGGUGAACCCGCGCGGCGGCGCCAUCGCCCUGGGUCACCCGCUGGGAGCGACGGGGGCGCGCCAGAUCUGUACGGUUCUGAGCGAGGCGCGACGCACCAAGAAGAAGAUCCUGGUGACGAGUAUGUGUAUCGGCACGGGACAGGGUAUGGCUGGGUUGUUUGUCAAUGAGCAGGUUUAG